GACCGUUUUCUUUUGAGUUUGAGGGCGAGCUGCGCGCGCUUGCGCGAGCGAGCGAGACGGCGGAAGUGGGGGGAGGCACAAGAAGCGGAGCGCGAGGGCAGACAGACGGAGAGCGAGCGGCCGCUGGAGAAGGAUCGCGUCUCGGACCCUCUCAUCUCGCACAAUAACCGAACCCGGGGCAAAGAGGAAAAAGAAAAGAAAAGAAGCUUCCGGUCGAAGCUCGCUGUGCUUGCCCACCCUCUUUCUCCGUGCGUGUUUGCAUCGGCAUUUGUCGAGACGACGGCGGAUCGUGAUUGAAACCGCGCCGCUCUCUGGUGACUUUUUCUCCUCCCGGUUUGCCACACCUGGUGGAGCCUUGCAUUGAUUUUUCUGCUUCUUUCCCUCCUCCCUCCCCUCCUCCCCACCCCUUUCAAACUCUAUUGCUCGCACCGGACAUGGUCGACUAUCACGAAGCCAACUCGCAGUUGCAGCAGCCCAACCAUGGGGACUACAUGCAGCCCGAGGAGGAUUGGGACCGCGACCUGUUGCUGGACCCAGCCUGGGAGCGACAGCAACGGAAGACCUUUACAGCAUGGUGCAACUCUCACUUGCGUAAGGCAGGGACGCAGAUUGAAGUAAUUGAAGAAGAUUUCAGAGAUGGACUUAAACUUAUGCUACUACUGGAGGUGAUUUCAGGAGAGCGAUUACCAAAACCAGAGCGUGGGAAAAUGAGGGUGCAUAAAAUAAACAAUGUCAAUAAAGCGUUGGAUUUCAUUGCAUCCAAAGGAGUAAAACUUGUCUCCAUUGGGGCAGAAGAAAUUGUGGAUGGGAAUGUGAAGAUGACCCUAGGUAUGAUCUGGACAAUCAUACUUCGUUUUGCUAUUCAAGACAUAUCUGUGGAGGAGACCUCUGCCAAGGAGGGAUUGCUGCUGUGGUGCCAGAGAAAGACUGCACCAUACAAGAAUGUAAAUGUGCAGAACUUCCACAUCAGUUGGAAAGAUGGUUUGGCAUUCAAUGCGCUCAUCCACAGACACAGACCAGAACUUAUUGAUUACGAUAAGUUGAGGAAGGAUGAUCCACUGACAAACUUGAAUAAUGCCUUUGAAGUGGCUGAGACGCACCUGGAUAUACCCAAGAUGUUGGAUGCAGAAGACAUUGUGAACACCGCCCGCCCUGAUGAGAAGGCAAUUAUGACCUAUGUCUCCUGCUUCUACCAUGCCUUUUCAGGAGCUCAGAAGGCUGAGACUGCAGCCAAUAGGAUUUGCAAAGUCCUGGCAGUAAACCAAGAAAAUGAACAUCUGAUGGAGGAUUAUGAAAAACUGGCCAGUGAUUUGCUGGAGUGGAUUCGUCAAACCAAACCCUGGCUAGAGAACAGAGAGCCUGAGAAAACAAUGCAAGCUAUGCAGCAAAAACUAGAAGACUUUCGUGAUUAUCGCCGUGUCCAUAAACCACCUAAAGUGCAGGAGAAGUGCCAGCUUGAGAUCAACUUCAACACCUUACAGACUAAACUCCGACUCAGUAAUCGACCAGCCUUCAUGCCAUCUGAAGGGAAAAUGGUCUCGGAUAUUAAUAAUGCAUGGCAAGGUCUGGAGCAGGCGGAGAAGGGUUAUGAGGAAUGGCUGCUGAAUGAGAUAAGGAGGCUGGAAAGACUUGAUCAUUUGGCUGAAAAGUUCAGGCAGAAAGCCACCAUUCAUGAAGAUUGGACCAAAGAUAAAGAAGCAAUGUUGACACAGAAAGACUAUGAAACAGCUACUCUGGCUGACAUUAAAGCCUUGCUGAAGAAACAUGAGGCAUUUGAGAGUGAUCUGGCAGCUCACCAAGAUAGAGUGGAGCAGAUCGCUGCCAUCGCGCAAGAGCUCAAUGAUCUGGAUUAUUAUGACUCUCCCAAUGUAAAUGCACGCUGCCAGACUAUCUGUGACCACUGGGAUACUUUGGGCUCGUUGACACAGAGCAGGAGGGAUGCCCUGGAGAGGACUGAAAAGCUUCAGGAAACAAUUGACCAGUUAUACCUGGAAUAUGCCAAAAGAGCUGCACCUUUCAAUAACUGGAUGGAGGGAGCAAUGGAAGACUUGCAAGACAUGUUUAUUGUCCAUACCACUGAGGAGAUUCAGGGUCUUAUUGCAGCACAUGAACAAUUCAAAGCAACAUUGCCAGAUGCUGACAAAGAGAGGGAGGCCAUCCUGGGUAUUCACAAUGAAAUGAUGAAGAUUGCCCAGUCCUAUAAUAUCAAAUUAUCUGGUGUAAAUCCAUACACAUCCAUCACUUCGCAGAGUAUUAAUGAUAAAUGGGAUAAGGUUCAACAGUUUGUGCCAGCGAGGGACCAAGCCUUGCAAGCAGAAUUUAACAAGCAACAGUCCAAUGAACAUCUGCGUGAGCAGUUUGCAAAUAAGGCUAAUGUUGUUGGACCCUGGAUUCAGACAAAGAUGCAGGAAAUCGGACGGAUUUCAAUUGAAAUGCAUGGCACGUUGGAAGACCAACUAAAUCAACUGAAGCAGUAUGAGAGCAGUAUCAUCAAUUACAAACCCAACAUCGAGAAAUUAGAGCAGGAUCAUCAGCUCAUUCAGGAGGCACUCAUCUUUGAUAACAAACACACCAACUACACCAUGGAGCACAUCAGAGUUGGCUGGGAACAGCUGUUGACCACAAUUGCCAGAACCAUCAAUGAAAUAGAAAACCAAAUCCUCACCCGUGACGCAAAAGGCAUCAGCCAAGAUCAGCUGAAUGAGUUCCGAUCAUCAUUUAAUCACUUUGACAAGGACCAUACCGGGAAACUAGGACCUGAAGAAUUUAAAGCCUGCCUUAUCAGCUUGGGUUACGAUGUUGGAAAUGACCAGCAGAAGCGAACGGGGCUGAUGGACGCUGAUGAUUUUCGAGCUCUCCUUAUCUCUACGGGCUACAGUCUGGGUGAAGCAGAGUUUGCACGAAUAAUGAGUAUUGUUGCCCCCAACAACACUGAAGAAGUGUCAUUCCAAGCCUUUAUUGACUUCAUGUCACGUGAGACAACAGACACUGACACAGCUGAACAAGUAAUGGCCUCCUUCAAGAUUCUGGCAGGAGACAAGAGUUACAUCACCGCAGAGGAGCUGAGACGUGAGCUUCCCCCUGAUCAAGCUGAAUACUGUAUUGCCCGGAUGGCACCAUAUAGGGGACCCGACGCAGUGCCUGGUGCUUUGGAUUACAUGUCCUUCUCCACAGCUUUAUAUGGGGAAAGUGACCUGUAAUCUGAUCUUUCUGCAGCCAGCCCACACUUUUAUUUUAUUCCCCCUUUUUCGCACGCGCGCUCUCUCCCCUGCCACCUAAAGUCAGUGCUAUAAACAGCAUUUUGGAAUUAGCACAUGCAUUUACUGAAGAACCUUUAUACUCUACAUUCCAUUAUGUCUUAUUAUGACUCUCAGUCUUCAAUCUAUGCAAAUAUUUCCAUUUUCUGUUUCUAUAUUGGGGUAGUAAUACUGCAAACAUGUUUUGCAAACUGUUACAACAAUUUGGAGCAUAUCAACUGAGUGCCACAGGAACUGUCAAUCAGUCUGGGAAUUUUGGAGGUUUGAUUUUUAAAUUCUGAAAAUUCCAUAGGAAUCUGGCUCCUUUGUAUUUUUCCAACUGUACUUGAUAUUGUAAAACUAAAUAUUUUUUUACUAUAAAUAUUUAGUAUUCCUGUUUUCACUCCCGUGUUUCUCCCCAUAAAAUCUAGAAGUGUGAUAAAGUUGAGCUGCUUCAAUUAAAUUUUUAUUUGCAGCUGGUAGAUAAAUAUUAAUUUGCACCAGACAGGCCAUGUAUGAAUAGCACAAAUGUAUUUUAUCAUUACAGUGCUGAGCUUUUCAGUGCUUGAUCCCCAGCUGAUAAUUUGUUUGCAGGAGUUUGGGUUACCUCAAUGUUUUCACUGAAAAUCAUUACUGAUCCAGAUUGCAAUUGUUUUCUCAUUCGGUGUCCCAAAUAUUCUGCACUGCACUCACUGUACAAAAUCUGAGUUAAGCCUUCAGAAAACAAAUGUUUGGGUGGGUUGGAAGGCACUAACUGAAGAGGCAACUUUUGAUCCAUUUUUUAAAAAUAAAAAUGGAAGGCUGGUGGUGGAUUUGAAAACUGUAAUUUGUCACAAGCUUCUGAUGGCAUUUCAAUAAACCAUGACGCCAAAUUGGUUUGAGGGUCACCAGAACCCUCAAGGAUGAAUUGCUGCCUCAAUAUAAUUGUCAGUUGUUUAUGAUGAGAUAUAGCUUAUUAAAAUUAAGUUUGACUUUAGUUGUUGUUGUGCAGUGAGGUCGGAGAAAAGAUGAGACAGUGUUAAAGCAUAACCAAAAUUUGAGGUGGGACCAAAAUCAUUGGUACUGGAAUUAAUCAUGAAAUAGCAAGGGUGAUGGAUAUAAAAUUGCACAAAUCCAGCUGAAUCUAAGUAUUCUUUCUCCAGAGCCACAUUAUCUGCAGUGAACAAAAAUCAUGCUCACCUCCAAGUUAUGACUGAGUUUGGAAUCUGAAAUGGGGCAUGCUAUACUUACCAAAUGCAAAACAGUGAGUUGGCUGUUAAAGAAUCAGAAGGGUUUAAAAUGAACUUGUGGUAUUCCAGUUGUGCAUCUUAAAUUUUAAAUCAUGCAGUUCUAAAGAAAAACUUAAAUAUUUGAAGCAUUAACUAAAGUGUAUGAUGAACAAUCAGUUCCACUUGCAUUCCUGCACAUUGGUCACCUGACAAGGUUGAAAUUUUUCAUCAGAUUCACUUCCCCUUCCAUCACCACCACCACCGUAUACAUCAUUUUGACGGUUCAGUUGAGCGCAAAAUAGCACGUUUUAUUUGAGGUAGAGAAAAGAUAUUUAUCUCUUCAUAUUUAAUCUUUUUUUUUCUUGUACAUACUGCAGUGACCUUUAAUUUGAAUGAGAAGACUGCCUUUUUAAAAAAAAAACAAAGCUGGGCUUUUUUCUGUGAAGGUACUUUUCUUGCAGAAACAAGUCCCUAGUUGAGAAAAAAAAACGGGUGCUGUUGUGGGUUUUGUUUUAAUUAUUUUUGAUUCUCCUUGCUUUUGGGAUCUACUCCAUAUUUGAAUUAUUGCUGUGAGACACAGGCUGGCCUUGAGUUAGAGUAAUAGCUGCAGUAUUUUUUUUGGGUGGUGAUGGAGGGCUUUUUCUAUUUCAUUAACAUGGGACUUUAUUAUACAGUAUAUAAAUAUAUAUCAUCUGAAACACUUCCAUGGACUGUAAUUACUGCUUGAUUUUAAGAAGAAAUAAAUUGAACAUUGCAAUGGACAAAUGAGAUUUUCUGGAAUAUUGGUGAGGAGUUUCUCUGAACAUGUUCUGUCCCUUGCUGUUAUUAGCCUAUAUUACCAUGUUUUUGAAAUGUGAUCAGUGAGGGCUGCCUUUCUACAUUUUGAUCUAAGGGUGUUUUCAAUUGCUCUCUGCUACCUUAACCCUAUUAGAUGAAAUAAAUCAUCAAUAUUUUUGAGAAAGAAAA